AUGGGCACCAACAACGAGAAGGAGAAGGAGCUGAUGGAGCGGGCAUGGAAUCAGGCUUCAGGAAAUUUGGUAUGGCCGAUGCUUUCCCGAUCCAAUUACCAAGAGUGGUCGGCUCAUGUGCAAUGCAAUCUCGAAGCCAUGUUCCUGUGGGACGCAGUUGAAUCUGACAAGGUCGAGCGACGUCGUGAUCGGCUCGCUCUGGGCGCCAUGAUCCGUGGUGUUCCCCCCGAGAUGCACUCGAUGUUGCUGAACAAAAAGUCAGCCAAGGAGGCCUGGGAGGCGAUCAAGUCAAUGCGUUUGGGUGCAUAUAGGGUUAAGGAGGUGAAUGCGCAGAAACUUCUAGCCGAGUUUGAAGCAAUCUCUUUCAAAUCUGGUGAAACAAUUGAAGACUUCACUGUGAGAAUUGGUAAGAUUGCGACCAAUCUCAAGGGCCUAGGGGAGACGAGUGUCGAUGAUGCUCGUGUCAUGAAAAAGUUCCUCAGAGUCGUGCCACCGAGAUAUAAUCAAGUGGCAGUUACAACUGAGAUGUUCUAUGAUUUAAAAACCUUGUCUGUGGAAGAACUCGUUGGACGUCUGCGUGCUGCAGAAGAUCGAUUCGAGCCCACGGUGGAGGAGGUCACCAAUAAGCAGGGACAACUCAUGAUGACAGAGGAUGAUUGGGCCGCGAAGCACAAAGCGAGGAUGAUGACAGAUUCGUCCUCAACCGGGGCAGUGUGGUGGUGGCUAUGGCCACCAUCAGAAGAAGAACAAGAACGGGGUGCGUGGUGCAGGAGGCGGUGGGAGUGCAAGAAGUACCCGCGGGAUCAGGCAGAGGCAACUCAUCAUGCCAAUACUGAUACCGAUCCACAACCUGCUCUUCUAGUGGCACAAGUUUGCAACGUGGUCAGAACUGCAGGAGUUGCAGUAGCACCCUGUGUGUUUCUAAAUCAGGAACGGGUCAAUCCAUCCAAGUAUGAAGAAGGCUCAUGGGUUUUGGAUACAGGAGCUACAAACCACAUGACUGGCUGUAGAGCUUCAUUGUCCAAUUUGGAUGAAUCUAUGCGAGGGGCCAUGAGGUUUAGAGAUGGGUCCAAGGUUGAGAUUUGCGGGAUCGGGGCUGUGACGAUCGCCGACAAGAACCAAGAACACAGGGUGCUAUCUGAGGUAUAUUGCAUACCAUCUUUGAAGUGUAAUAUCGUGAGCCUAGGCCAGCUAGAAGAAGGCAGGUGUCGUGUCGAAAUCGACAAUGGCGUCAUGGUGGUCAUGGAGCGUCAGAACACAGGAAGCAAGAGCCGGAGUGUGCUCAUUCGAGCAGAACGUAGGAACCGGCUGUACAUAAUGCAGGUUCAGUGUCUUGAAAACACUGUUCACGGUCCGACGAUAGGUGCCGAUGCAGAUGAUGGCCCCGUUUAUGAACCUGGAGAUUGGGAACCAGUUUCGCCUGUAGUUUCAAUUCCAUCCACAUGA